AUGAUGCGCCAUCUGACCUCCGCCCUCGUGCUGGGCUCUGCGGCCUACGCCCUACCGUAUGCGGAUCUUCGCCAGCGCCAGAACACCACCGACUGCACGCUCCAAGACACCUACCCGGCCGUAGACUUCGCCAAGCUCCCGGACCCGUUCACCUUCGAGGACGGGAAGAAAGUCGCAACCAAGGCCGACUGGGACUGCCGCCAGCAGGAGAUCAGCAAGCUCCUCCAGCAGUACGAGUUAGGCGACUACCCACCGCCCCCAGACAGCGUCGAUGCCACUCUGUCGGGUACCACUCUGUCGGUCAAGGUUACCGUGGGCUCUAAGUCCGUCACGAUCAACGCCUCCAUCCGUAAGCCUAGCACUAGCCCGGGGCCCGCCAUCAUCACCAUCGGAGGCUCCUCGCUCCCCAUCCCGGCCACCGUGGGAACGGUCGGCUUUAACAACGACCAGUUCGCCUCGCAGGCGUCCGGAAGCUCCCGAGGUCAGGGGGCUUUCUACACCCUCUUCGGCAACACCCACUCCGCCGGUGCCCUGACCGCGUGGGCCUGGGGUGUCGACCGCGUCAUUGAUGGCCUCGAGCAGGUCGGCGCGGAAGCGUCCGGCAUCGACCCCGCGAGACUCGGAACCACGGGCUGCUCCCGAAACGGCAAGGGUGCCUUCGUCGUCGGCGCCCUCGCCAACCGCAUUGCCCUCACCCUCCCCCAGGAGUCCGGUUCUGGCGGCGCCGCCUGCUGGCGUAUCUCGGACGACGAGCACAACAAGGGCAAGAACAUCCAGACCGCGGGCGAGAUCGUCGGAGAGAAUGUGUGGUUCAGCAAGAACCUCGACGCCUACACGUCCAAGACAAACACCAUGCCCGAGGACCACCACAUGUUGGCCGCCCUCGUCGCACCCCGCGGCCUGCUAGCGUUUGAGAACGACAUCGACUGGCUGGGCCCCGUCAGCACGACGGGCUGCAUGAAAGCCGGCCGCCUCGUCUACAAGGGUCUCGGCGUACCGACUAACAUGGGUUUCUCCCUCGUCGGAGGCCACAGCCACUGCAUGUUCCCCUCCUCGCAGCAGCCCGAGCUCACCGCCUACAUCAACCAUUUCCUCCUCGCCGGCGCCGAGGCGCCCCCAGAGGUCGAGAAGAGCAGCGCCAGCGUGACCGUCACCGACUGGGCUCCGUGGGAGGUCCCGACCCUCACUUAG